UGCAGAGAGGUGUGCAGCGUGCAGCAGGAUGAACUGAUUCACAGUAUAACUCCUCUGCAAAGUUUCCUCUGUCUGCACAGUUUGUGCAGGAGGAGUCUUCCUCUCGUCUCUCUCCUUUCUCUCUCUCUCUCUCUGUCUUUUUCCACCUGUCAUUCACUGUGAUGAUGGAUCUCAGGACCGUUCUGACCAUCUCUCUUUUGCUCAUGUCUACUGUGUAUCUCCCAGCAGAAACAAGAAACACAACUGACACAAGCUUCAAUGUCACCGUGACCCCCAACCCCAGCAGUAGUGACUAUAACUGCACCUGCCCAUCCACCUCCCCCACCCCCAAGUCCUCCUCUGCUCACUCUCUGGGCCUCCUCUCAGUCAGAUGGACGAGUGGCUGUGAAGGGGAAGCGAUCCUGUCGCUCCACCCUCCCCCCUCCUCGUCCUCCUCAUCCUCCCUCCUCUGUCACAGCAGUCUGACCCUCGUUAAGAGUCUGCUGAGCUCCCCGUGUGAGAGUCGGAGCGGGUGUGAGGGGCUGCCAGUCUGGAGGAGUAGCAUGAAGCUGGGGGGUUAUGACAUCGCAGGGCAAGCAGCGAAUAGGAGCUGUAAGAUUCUGAUGCUGAAAUGUACAGCUCAAACAGAUGUACAGGGUCAGCUGAAGGCCUACAAAGUAGUGACGGCUCUGCUCUGCUGCGUGCUGCUCGUCCUCUUCCUGAUCCGCUUCACCAAACCGACUGUCAGAGCUCUGCAGAGCCGACUUUCAGACAAGAGACAGAACCGCUGGAUAGGACCUACACAGAGUCACAGCGUGUCGUACCAGCGAGGAAAGGGUGUCGUCACAGACGUCGAGAUGAGAAUGUCCUACCCUGCUCUGGAGAGGCUGACAGUCAAUGACAGCAGAGAACCAUCAUCCAACAGGAACAGUGGCUACAACCUCUGACCAUCUUCAGCAUCAUCAUCAUCCUCUGUUUGUGUGCUUUCAUACGUGAUUAUUUCUGGGUUGAAUCUUUGUGCACACUGCCGUUGAGUCUCAUACUAAGAUCUAUUGUAGAUUUGGGGUUUUUAAAGUAGGGGUCCUGACCGUCUAAGGAGUCACUAUGGGGUCACCGGGGGGUUAGUGUUAGGUUAGAGUUAGUGCGCACAAACAAGUAAAUUUGAUUUCCCCCUUUCUGUCUCCACUAAACAUAUCUAGGCUACUUAAACUACUAAUAUUAAUAUGUCAAACAGAUUUGAUAUUCAUGUGUGUUCAUCUUUUGUUAAAGUAACAAAAGAGAGUGGAAAAUAGUGUAUCUUAACAUAAAUCCCAACUCUGACAAUUCACAUAGCCAAUCAUAGUUUAGGAUUUUGGUGUUGCCACUUGGGUGGCAAAUCAGAUACAACAGGGGUCAUGGUCAUCCCCUGAAUGUGCCACAAGGGGGGUCCCCGCCAUAGGCUGAUGCUAUAUUGGCAUCCUUGGCAUGGCACAGUUUGGGAACACGUGUGUUAGAUCAUGUGUCAGUGACAACUCAUUGUUCAUUUCUGCAUCAUACUGCUCUUACUGUACAAACAGUGAUUAUUUACAACCUUUUAUAUAUUGAUUGUAAACUUUAUUUUGCAGGUACUUUUAUAAUAAAGUAGGAGAAAAUGAACAGACAUACAUCUGUUCCAUCAGACAGGUGUGUAGUAAAAUGAAAAAUGCACGCAAACUCCUUCGUACUGAAUGACUGUCAAGAAAACAUGACAUUAUUAAAGGAUCUGAGUUUAACCUAA